AAAAACAUCCCUAGAUAACAUAACCUCAAUCCUGAUUAAUCAAAAAAUUUAUUGAUUAAUUAAAAAAUGUGGAAAUUGCCUCUAUUGGUGAUUAUUCUCCUUUAUAAAUAUGCUAUAGCCUCCCAAAUUGAUUAUGAUGGAAUGCUGAAUAUUCGCCUACAGCAUUCGUUAGAUGGUACAGAAAAUCCCAUUUUUACAGAAAGGGGUAAUAUUUCCGUGCAGAGUUUAAGAUCAGCUGCUUAUACAAUGAUUCAAUCCCCAUUGAGUGCAGACGAAAAAUUUAAAUUACGGGAAUUAGCUAUUAAUAAUAAAUUUUAUGUUUUGAAAGCAAUUGUAACAACGAAUGAUGGAUCUGUGGAAGUUUAUAAAUCAUAUGUUAAGGCUUGUAUGUUAGCUGAAUCAGAACUCACCGAUUUAUUAUCAAUAUCAUUGGAUUACUCAGGAAAAGUUAUUACUGUUUCUAUGGCUGUUGCAUCUACUUCAGCUUGUGAAGGAGCUCAAGUUCCUUUAGAUUACUUAAAACAAUUUGUUACAUCAGUUCACAUUCGUCAUUCUGAACCAGGACCUUUGCCAGAUACUGCAAGUUAUAUUGAAAAAUUAGAACGCGAACGUGAAGCCAAAGAGAAAGGGGAAGUUAAAGAUGGACGAUCUUUCAUUUCAAAAUACUGGAUGUAUAUCGUUCCUGUAAUUAUCAUCAUGUUAAUUUCUUCUGCAAAUAAUCCGGAAGCAGGGAAUGGUGGAGGUGGCGGUGGAGGACGUUAAUUAAAAAGACAUUAUUUGAAAUUAGUCAAUAUUUUUUUGUAGGAUUAUUUAAAAUAAAUUUUUAUUAUUUAAACUAUUUUUCAUCAA